GGGGAGCCGCGGGGCUGCGCGGUGGGUGAGAUGCGCGCGAGGCAGCUCCGGCCCGGGGACGGGCGGUGUCUGGCGGGGCCGCAGGCAGAGUACAACGUUUCAAAAUGCUGGAGAUUAUCUGGCUGAAGCUAGAGAUUACAUCUAAUGUGAUUGUGUCUUCAGACAUUCUGCUCCUGCAUUUAAUGAACUAAAAUAUUUUAUAAAAAUGAAAUUGGAUACCUUCACUGAUCUCCAGGUUAACUUUGUCCUGUGAACUCAGAGACGACUUUCUGAAGGAGGAAUAGAUUCAUUACAUAUGUGGACUUCUGUUGUUGCUCAAGGAUACAGUGGGUGUUUUGUUUUUUGUUUUUUAUUCCAAAAGGCUAUCUACAUGAAGAUGUGUCUGCAUUUAAGAUGUGAUCUGUUGAAUUAGGUGAACAAGGAUACUGUUAAUGAGUUACCAACACUUAUUCUAGCUGUGUUUCCAGCUUUUUUUUUUUUUUUUUAAUACAUAAACAUGAAGGACAAGUAUAAAACAUCAGAGCUGAUGUAUUUCUGUGAGGCCUUUAUGUAAGCCUCUGUUGUCCGGACGUGGUGCUAAAGGACAGGCAGUCUGCUUUUGAUCAGCUGAUUGUAAAUGUGGGAAGAGAACCUUUAAUUUAAAAUAACUUAGAGCUGAAAUUAUUUUACUCUCUGGCUUGCACAGAAUGAAAGGGAAAAUGAAGAUUUACUGUUCAGGGGCAUUUCAGUGAACUAAGAAGGGGAAGGUUACAUUUAUCCUUGUUCAAACCAAGAACUGACAACAUACAUUUCUUAGAAUUUGACUACUAGGGAGAUCUCAGCAGAGCAAAGCAAGGCAGAUGUCAGCAAACGACUCUUCUCCCCCAUCCUUACAGAAGUUUUCCCCACCUACAUGUCAUGCUGCUGCUGCACCACAAACCCCAACUCUGUCUUCGAGUCCCCAGUCGGGGCUCUCCAGUCGUCUCUCCAAUGGCAGUUUCAGCACACAGAGCCUCACCAACUCCCGAGGCUCUAUGCACGGCAUCUCCUUCCUUCUGCAGAUCGGUCUCACUCGAGAGACUGUCACCAUUGAAGCUCAGGACCUGUCCCUCUCUGCUGUUAAAGACCUCGUGUGCUCUAUAGUUUACCAGAAGUUCCCAGAGUGUGGUUUCUUUGGCAUGUAUGACAAAAUUCUCCUCUUCCGUCAUGACCUGAACUCAGAUAAUAUUCUGCAGCGAAUUACAUCAGCAGAAGAGAUACACGAAGGAGACCUUGUUGAGGUUGUACUCUCUGCUUUGGCUACAGUUGAAGAUUUCCAGAUUCGUCCUCAUGCACUUUAUGUGCAUUCCUACAAGGCUCCUACUUUUUGUGACUACUGUGGAGAGAUGCUCUGGGGCUUGGUACGACAAGGAUUAAAAUGUGAAGGUUGUGGGUUAAACUACCAUAAGCGAUGUGCCUUCAAGAUUCCAAAUAACUGCAGUGGGGUGAGGAAGAGGCGUCUGUCCAAUGUCUCUUUACCAGGAACAGGGCUUUCAGUUCCAAGACCAGCCCAAGCUGAACACACAUCCUCUGCCUCUGAAGAACGCUGCUGCCCAGAACCUAGUAAGAGGAUUCCCUCCUGGAGUGGCCGUCCCAUCUGGAUGGAAAAGAUGGUGCUCUGCAGAGUGAAGGUUCCACACACCUUUGCUGUUCACUCUUACACUCGUCCCACCAUAUGCCAGUAUUGCAAACGGCUGCUGAAGGGCCUUUUUCGCCAAGGAAUGCAGUGUAAAGAUUGCAGAUUCAACUGUCACAAACGCUGUGCAUCCAAAGUACCUAGGGAUUGUCUUGGAGAAGUGAUUUUCAAUGGAGAACCUGCUAGCCCAGGUCAGGACUUGGACAUGCCAAUGGAAGUUGAUAGCAGUGAAAUGAACAGUGAUGGUAGCCGAGGUCUAGAUGAUACUGAAGAACCCUCUCCUCCAGAGGACAAAAUCUUCUUCAUGGAUCCAUCUGACCUUGAUGCAGACAAAGAUGAGGAAGCUGUCAAAACCAUCAGCCCUUCAACAAGCAAUAAUAUUCCUCUCAUGAGAGUUGUGCAGUCGAUCAAGCACACAAAGAGGAAGAGCAGUACAAUGGUGAAGGAAGGAUGGAUGGUUCACUAUACCAGUAGAGACAAUCUGAGAAAAAGACAUUAUUGGAGACUGGACAGCAAAUGCCUCACACUAUUUCAAAAUGAAUCUGGAACAAAAUAUUACAAGGAGAUCCCACUUUCAGAAAUUCUCCAGGUGACUCAGCCUCGAGAUUUUUCAAAUGUGGUGCAGGGCAGCAACCCAUACUGUUUUGAGAUCAUCACUGACACCAUGGUGUACUUUGUUGGAGAAAACAAUGGCAGCAGUCAUCACAGUCCUGCUCUUGCUGCCACCGGAGUUGGACUUGACGUAGCUCAGGGCUGGGAGAAAGCCAUUCGUCAGGCUUUGAUGCCAGUCACCCCUCAAGCUAGUGUUUGCACUGCUGCAGGACAAGGAAAAGAUCACAAGGAAUUAUCUCUAAGCAUCUCCGUUUCAAACUGCCAGGUCCAGGAGAAUGUGGAUAUCAGCUCUGUGUACCAAAUAUUUGCUGAUGAAGUGCUGGGCUCUGGUCAGUUUGGUAUUGUCUAUGGAGGGAAGCACAGGAAGACUGGAAGAGAUGUAGCUAUCAAAGUCAUUGACAAGAUGAGGUUUCCAACUAAACAGGAAAGUCAGCUUCGUAAUGAAGUAGCCAUUCUCCAGAAUUUGCACCACCCUGGGAUUGUGAACCUGGAAUGUAUGUUUGAAACCCCAGAACGUGUCUUUGUUGUGAUGGAAAAGCUGCAUGGGGAUAUGCUGGAGAUGAUUCUUUCCAGUGAGAAAAGUCGACUUCCAGAACGAAUAACUAAGUUCAUGGUCACUCAGAUACUUGUUGCUUUGAGGAAUUUACACUUCAAGAAUAUUGUGCACUGUGACUUAAAACCAGAAAAUGUACUGCUAGCAUCAGCAGAGCCAUUCCCUCAAGUGAAGCUGUGUGAUUUUGGCUUUGCUCGUAUCAUUGGUGAAAAAUCUUUCAGGCGCUCUGUAGUGGGCACUCCUGCUUAUCUUGCCCCUGAGGUUCUCAGGAGUAAAGGUUAUAACCGCUCUCUAGACAUGUGGUCAGUAGGAGUUAUUGUCUACGUCAGCCUUAGUGGUACAUUCCCAUUUAAUGAAGAUGAGGAUAUAAAUGAUCAGAUUCAAAAUGCAGCAUUUAUGUACCCACCAAAUCCUUGGAAGGAGAUUUCUAGUGAAGCCAUUGAUUUAAUAAACAAUUUGCUUCAAGUGAAGAUGAGAAAACGUUUCAGUGUUGACAAAUCCCUUAGUCACCCAUGGUUGCAGGAUUAUCAGACCUGGCUUGACCUCAGAGAAUUUGAAACCCGCAUUGGAGAGCGUUACAUUACCCAUGAGAGUGAUGAUGCACGCUGGAAAGAACAUGCUUAUGAACACAACCUUGAGUACCCCCAGCAUUUUAUUAUGGCUCCUAAUCCAGAUGACAUGGAAGAAGACCCUUGAUUUAUACGUUAUGCUGAAUUGCAGCAAAGGAGGGCACUUCAGACAGAAACUGAAGAUAAGAUUCAGAACAGCUGUUGCUCUUUUGAAUGCUGUACACAUAGCUUGGUGUGCAAAGCCCCAAAGGAUCCUGCAUUGCCAUGGGAAUAUGCUGUUGCCUGGCAAGCUCUCCUCCAUCUCUGAAUGAAACUAUGAGGAGUUUCUGGACAAGCCCUGCUGGUAACAUUUCACUGAGCAGUGUGGCUAUGAAGCCAUUAUUGAGGUGUGAUGUGUACAGAUUGAAUGGUUUGUGUUUUUCAAGGUUAUUUUUUUUUCCUGUUUGUGUUUGGUUUUGUUUUGUUUCAUUUGUUUGUUUUUUUCCAUAGCCUACACAGCAAGACUUUUGUAAUGGUUUUCUAAUCCCUAUCUAUUAGGCCAUAGAGAACUGUUUUCUAUUACUUAGAUACAUCUCCCCUAUGCUAAACUGUGCACGGUAAAAAGAGACUGUAAAAAGUGCAGAACACCUUGGCUAAUAGUAAAAUAUGGAGGUUUAGUUCAAAUACAGCUUUAUAGAUGAAGGAAUAUUUUGCUGCUGUUGAGACAGCUAAAUAUGUGUGUCUUUACCCUAACUGAACUUCUUUCAGAUACCCAAAAGAAAAGAAAACCCUGUAACUUCGUACAUUCCUCUUGAAAUGCUGGCUGACAAUCUGAAGAGAUGACAAUCAAGCUGUGCUAGUCCUUUAUUUUGUCUGGUUAAAGAGAGCAAUAAGCCACAACAGUGUGUUUCUGUGCAAGGAACAGUCAUGGAUACACACCAAAGGCAUUUUGCCUUAAAACUACACAAAUCAAUGCACAGAGAGCACACAAGACUUCAUGUAGCAUAUCCCUUCACUCUGGAAGAACAGCUUCUAGCAGAAGAAUGUGGAAGAAUAGGAAAAAUACAUGCAGCUUUCUUCUGUUGUUUUGAGUAAUCAGAUUUUUAAAAUUUUCUAAUAUUUUUCUAAUUUUUUUAAGGUUUCUUGGGCCUAGACCAGCAGUAGUUUGUAGUCUGCUAGCUUGUAUCUUAACUCUGCUCAAAACCCAGGAGUAAGGGUGGAUGCUAAAUCUCCUGUUGCUUCUGCCAUUGCAGCUGGAUUGGAGAGGAAAGGGCUUUGCCUUUUAACCUUAACCUGCAGCCCUUCCUGACCUCUAUACUGUGCUCAGGGGUGGUGUUGGAGCUGAAUGAAGAGUCCAAAACCAACUCCAAAUUCAAUUUUUUAUACAGAUGCCACAGUUGAUGGAUUACCAACAACUUACUGAACUUGUGGAACAAUAGAGGGGGGUAGCAGUGUUCUGUGGAAAUUUUUCCCUCAGCGAACAGUGUUAACAGUUCAUGGUAUUUCAAAGAGUGAGGCCAUGAAUGCUAAAUGCAAAUGGAAGGGGGUGUUUUUGUCCUGUUUUAAAAGAUGGAAAAGGUGAAAUCUUUCCUUUUGUCUGGGAUAACAGCAUUGUGCUGCUGGAAGGUGCUGGAUGGCUGUCCAUAUCCCUGAUGUGCCCAGCUGCUUAACUGGACCUUGGAUUGAAGUAUGUGUAAAAAUACUGUUACAGGCUUGAACUGUAAUGUCAGUGAGAGGCUUUGGGGCAGUUCCUCUUCCUCCUACACAGACUUUUUUUUUUUUUUGUGUGUGUGUGUGUGUGUGUGUGUAGAUCAGUAUUUUUUCCUGUUGUUUUUAUUCAGGUAAGGAAGCAGGUGAGCAGACUUCUUAUAAGUUGUUAGAUACACAUAAAAUUAUGCAAGGUUAUUUCAGGGCUGGCAGCUGCUUGCAAUGACUGAGACCUGGCAGUGAAGUCAGUUGCAGUUUCAGAAGUAUGUACCCACAGGAAGGUUUGGGUCUUUAGCCCACCUUUUCUUUCCCUCUUGCCCUUAAUGUAAUUGCCACUGUGUUUUGUAGGCGUCUAAGGCUGAGCUCCAGCUUCCCUGGUAGAUGUACCAAACUUUGUACAAAACAUUGGUGCAAGCUGUAUGGCAGGUUCCUCCAGCUAGCAGCAGGCAGAGCAUUUCAGUCCUUCUGACCACCAUCUGUCCUCUCUCCUAGCACGUGUUUUUCUCAGGUUUGUCAGGGGAUUUGCCUCAUGGCAGUCCCUGCCCCUCCUGUGCUUGGGGUUGUGGCCUCCCCUGCUAUCAGGGCAGUGUAAGAGAGGCCAAAUUUGUCCCAUACUCUUGCCAUCCUGUUAAGGCAGGGUUGUUUCAGGAGAGGCAGUAUUUUUCAUCUUUGGAACCAGAAAAAUCACCUGUGAAGCAGGUAGUCUUUUAUUUGCCCUGGCUUGGCAAAGGAAGCAGUGGAGUUUUUUUGUUUGUUUUUUUUUUUCCAACUUCCAUUGCUUAAGUGACCAAAUUUGUCAGUGAAGCCAUUGCUGGUUCUAAUCUUCAGAUUCUAUACUGGAGCUGUCACUUCAGGUUUUCCUGUGGUUUUUGUUCACGUUAAGGCCAGCUCGGUCACUCAAAAAAGCACAACAGGAAUAGAGGAUGGGUGGGACAACAGUGAAAAAGGCCUGGCUGAUGUCUCUCCCCAUGAAGCCUGCUCUGCUCCAAAAUAUUAAAUGACCUAUUUAUUCUUCAAGCUGUAUUAAAA